AUGGCGUCGACCGUUGAACCACUACGCUCGGUCGUUGUGAGCCCGGCCGACGGCCACGAUCACACAGCCACCGUCAUUAUCGCUCAUGGUCUUGGCGAUACAGGUCACGGCUGGUCUCCGGUGGCAAGCAUGCUGAAGAAGGACCCCGCACUAGCGCACGUUAAAUGGAUAAUGCCGCACGCACCUACAAUUCCUAUCACAGGCAAUGGGGGGAUGCCGAUGCCAGGAUGGUUUGACAUCUACGACUUCGAGUUUGAUCCUCGUACACACAGAGACGACGAACAGGGCAUGUUGAGAAGCAUGUACGCGCUCAACCGAAUCAUCACAGAUGAGGUCGACGCCGGUAUUCCGUCCGACCGCAUCGUUCUAGCCGGCUUCUCACAAGGAGGUGCAAUGACUCUACUUACCGGCUUGACCCAUGAACGUUCGCUUGCUGGACUCGCCGUGAUGAGUGGUUGGGCACCCGCUCUCAAAACGCUCAAACCUAUGGCGACCGAGAACGCACGCCGGCUGCCCAUUUUCUGGGGACACGGUCGCUCUGACCCGCUAGUGAAAUGGGAUUUCGCACGACAGUCACUAGCAUGGAUGCAAACUGAGCUUGGCACCAAGCUUGCGCCCGAGAAUAUCUCGGGACACUCUUUCGACCAACUUCGCGGAGUCUCUCUUCAUGUAUAUGAUGGGCUCGGACACUCGGCGAGUGAAGAAGAGUUGGAUCAGCUUAAGGAGUGGCUGAAGCAUGUUAUACCUUUGGGGUUGUAA